AUAAUUUCAAAACGCAAGCGCCGCCUUCACAAUCCCUGUUUCUUCCUAUUCUCUCUCUGUUUUCCGGCGCUCGCCCCCUCCGGCCCACACCGCUCGCCUCUUCCGUUUGUCGUAUCUCUACAGCAACAGCCUGCGCCGUGCUCCGCCUCACUGUGCAGCCUAUCAGUUUUCUCCGGCGACUCUUUAGCAGCUCGGCCGACACCUCCCCAACCCAGCGCCUAAUAGCAGUUUCUCUACAGAUUGAAAUGGACGACGCAACACUUGCACGCGAGAUUCUGCAACUAAUAGAUUGGGUUAUGGAAAGAGCCGCCGAGCUUGACUUAUCGCAAGAGUUGCUAAGGAGACAGGAGUCAAUUUGCUCGGCUCAAAGUGAGCAAAUACGACGAUUAAAUGAAGUGCUUGCGAAGGUAAAGGCGGGAAAUGCAGAGCUUGCGAAGGUAAAGGCAGAGAUUGAAGAGCUUGCGAAGGUAAAAGCAGAGAUGGCAGAGGGGGAAAAAAUUCGCAAGAAAAUGCAUGAAACUAUUACGGAAUGUGAUAGCGCAAGACCUUGGCGCACGUAUGCGCGCGGGCAGCGGGCUGUGGUCGAUUGGACGGCCGAUUAAAAGUGCAGCAGUUUCCGGUCAUCUUCUUUUCGUUAGUGUUGUAUAUAUUUUGUAGUUUCAGUUACACGAAUUAGAUUCAAGAUCAUCUCUGUGAUUGAGUGGUAAAAGUGAGAGGAAAAGUCUGCUGAUUUUGCCAGAUCUUGAGCUGUGAUUUGUUAAUUAGUGAAGAAGAGAGCUCUGCAGUGGAUGUAUAUCAUUUAGGAUCGAACCACUUAAAUCUUGUGUUCUUGACCUUGCUGGUAGUGAUGGGUUGGAAGAAACUCAGACAUGAGAAUGACAGUAAUUUAUUAUUAAGCA